AUGCGCUCGCAGAUGAGCAACACCGGCCACUUGGCCAACCAUUCACGCAACAUCCGUGUCUGUCUCCACGAAGGGGAGAUGAUGCUCCGCCACCUCGAGAAGAAGAUUCAGGAUGUCAACAAAGAUGUCAGUUUCUUAAACUUACAGAGAAAGGCUUUCAGGCUGAAGUCUUUCAUGGACGAAAUCACGCUUUUCCAGCAGCAGUUCCGUUCGUGCCAAGACACCAUCCAGACGUCUCUGCAGGCGUUCCUAGUGUCUAACCAAGUGUCUGCCGAAGGCUUUCGAGGCCAGGAAGAAGUGCCUGGCCUCGGGGAGCUCACGGGUUCCAUUCGAAUUCUUGGACAGCAACUCGUUGCUCGCGAGUCGGUGUUGGAGGCGGGAGCCGAUAAUCAUGACCCUGCGAGAGAGGCUGAGAUGGCAAGCCUGAAGAAAUUCAAAAGCUGUGUUCAGUCUUCCGCGACGGUCACGUCUUCGAUCUCUUCGCAAUCUACGGUAAUCGCCGAUACAGCGUCCAUUGCCCCCUCUGACUUGUGCGACAUCUUUCCCGCGAGGCCAACGUCCCGAGUCGUUGCUUGGGUUACGAACACUUCUCAACUUGAUCUCGAUGCGCCGACAAGGAACGACAGCUUCCCAGUCCCAGUCAUCGAAGUCUACAGGCCACAGGACUCGGAAUCCGACGAUGGAAUCGAAGUCGAAAUCAUGAAUCUCCACAUAAACCAAGGCAGGCACGAAUUGCAAGAAGGAGACAUCGCAUCAGCUGAACGACAUCUCGAGAGAGGCCUCAGCCGCUUGAGAAAAUCAAGGAGCAGAGAAAGCAACCUCAGCAUGCACACCGACUGUCUGGAAGACCUGACCGAAGUAUAUCGACGACAAGAGAGAUGGUCAGAGGCGAAGGACGUCAUCAAUGAAAGAUUGGCUCUCUUAUCCCGAACAGCCAUGGCAGAUUCGACAGAGAUACUGGAUUUGAGGCUCGCUCUCUCAGAUGUCUGCAUUGAGCUCAACGAGUUGGUUGAAGCUCGUCUGCAUGCCAAGGCUUGCGUAACCGCUUAUCACAAACAGGGAGCCAAGGGUCGGCUUGGCCUUGAGAUCUCCUUACGGAAAUUGAUCGACUUGUGCGUUCGCGACAACGAUGCCGAAGAAGAGGAAGACUAUCGAAUGAUUCUCACUCGACUUUCGGGGCCUAUAUCAGCACCAGCUGGCGCCUCUGGACUUCCUUUGGCUGACUUUGGGGGCGAGGAAUUGUUGAGUGUGGCUGUGAGACCGCACGCGAGGAGCGCCAGGAACGUUGCUCCUGGGAUCGCGAGUGCACCUGGACAUCAUCGAUCGGCUUCCAACCCAGAAAGACGCAGUUCGGAACCCGUAUCAAUCAGCCGGGCUGUCUCCGAUUGCCAGAAUCGCAAUUCACAAAGCAUAGAAGACCAGCAGCAGAAUGAACUGCUCGACUGCAAUCCACCCCUGGGAGCUGUUGCAUCAACUGAAAGCAUGAGCACUCUGUCUCCCUCGAUUCAGUCUCCAACCAACGGUGCAAUAGCCCCAAGGGUCAAGGCCUUGUUUGUGGGCAAUGCAUUCAGUGGGAAAACAUCAUUGAUAAGUCGUUAUACGAAAGGCCCCAAUACCCUUGCUUCCAUGUACGAAGACACAAAGGGUCUUACGCCAAACUUGAAGCUUUGCUCGGUGGAUCUCGAUGGCAGCCCUGUUCAGGUUGAGCUGGUUCUUUGGGAUUCUCCCGGCCCGAAGAACGAAGACUUAUUCAUCAACAAUACGAAGUAUAUAGCUGAUGGCAUCAGCUGCAUUGUAUUGUGCUUUGAUGUCAAUGAGCCCGACUUACUGUUGGACAUCGAAACCAUGUGGGCACCCCAGAUUCGUGCCAUGUUCGGCGACAGACCGAUUUUGCUGGCUGGAACCAAGAUUGAUCUUCGAGAUGUGCCGAGGAGUAGUGGCCGCGAAGACGCUAUGAGCCAACCUUUCAAGUGGCGCGAGGGAUUUCAGCUCGCAGAGAAAAUUGGGGCUUCUGAAUACGUCGAAUGUUCGGCUAAAACGGGAAAGGGUGUUGAGGAGCUGAUCACGGGAAUCGUCAGACACGCUUUAUACGCCUUACUCAGUCUUAGCCAGGGGAAUCUUACGCAUGCGUAUGACCAUAUCCCGGUCUCUGAAUAUGGAAGUCUACAACUUCGCGAUAUCUGGAACGACUCAAGCAUCAUCCCCAACGCCGUAAAAGCGCCCAACGCCACCGGGAGCUGGCCCAUCCUCGGCAUCGACUUGUCCGAACCUUUGCUGAGCCCUCCAGACUCUGAGGCAUACGGUCAGUCCAACGGCUGGAGCAUCGAAGUUAAGAUCGCAGCGAAUCGGACGAACGGAGAUGUGCCUAGGGAAGACCCAGAUCGAUACGCCGUGUGGAACAUCAACCCGUUUACCAUCGAUCUCGUAGGCCCAGAGAACGCCUACAAGGCCGGAAACAUCAGUGGCAACUAUUCAGUCUGUUCAUACACCUGGAACGCCGCAAAGGACUCAUACACCAAGAAGGAUAUCGAGCAGCUGCAACAGGACAAUAACGGGUCAUGCAACGGAUGGAUACCUGAGCAGUGUAUUCAAGAUUUGAAGUCCAAGGCCAGGGAAGUGGGGUGCUCAAGAGACAAACAAGACUGGGCAUCGGCCCCGGAAAGUUGUACCACUAAGCUAGAUUGGCCUGGAACAAGCCCACACAACCUGAACUUCACGAACAACACCGAGACUGAUGAGGAGACCUCUUACCCUAAAUUCAACUUAUUCAAGUGGACAGCUGGUGGACAGUUCAAUGCUUCGGAUGAGAAAGAGACUGAAGACUCAUAUGAUCAGGCUUUGACAAGUUUCUGGCCUGUUUUGCUUUCCUACAACUAUGACGAUGGGGAGAAUAGGUCGGACUACCAACACGGAGCCGAAAAGGAGGCAACUUCAACGUCAGUUGCAGAUCAAGAGGUCACUGACGCCGGUGCCCAUGCCUCGAUCCACACCAGUUCUGAUGAGGACGCCGAACUCCUCCGCCUCGGUCUCGAGUCCCCGACGAAGCGAGACAUCGGACUACUGGCCAUCAUCGGAUUGGGUUGGAAUAUUUGUAACAGCUGGUCGGCUAUUGCCGCCACGCUAGCAAUCUCUGUUAUGUCUGGAGGGCCCGUCACACUUCUCUACGGCAUCAUCUUGAUCUUCGUUCUCGGGGGCGCUUGCGCCUUGAGCAUGGCAGAGAUCGCAUCAGCGUACCCGACAGCCGGAGGCCAAUAUCAUUGGACUAGUAUCCUAGCGCCCAAGAGAUACAGUCGUGUUUUGAGCUACUGCUGUGGAUCAGUUAACUUCCUAGGGUGGAUCGCCAACGGGGCCGGCUUCAUCAUCCAGAUGCCCAACAUUGUUCUUUCUCUAGCUCCGUAUCUCGACCCAGACCACACGCCAGAGACAUGGCACAUUUUUCUAGUAUACCAAGCAUUUAACUUCGCUUUCACGGCGUACAACAUCUUUCUAAUGAAGCGAACAGCCUGGAUUCAUGACAUAGGAUUCUUCAUAUCUCUUUUAGGCUUCUUCGUCAUUACGGUGACCUGUUUGGCUCGCUCGGGGCAAAAGCAAGAUAGCUCUUUCGUCUGGACAGCCUUCAUCAACGAGACCGGAUGGUCAUCUCGCGGCAUAGUCUUCCUCACAGGGUUGCUAAACCCGAAUUUCAUCUACUCUGGUCUCGACGGGGCCAUUCAUCUUGCCGAAGAGUGCACGAAUGCCGCAUCGGCGAUUCCGAGAGCCCUGAUAUCGACCAUCACGAUCGGAUUCGUGUCGUCUUUCACCUUCAGUAUAGCUAUGUUGUAUAGCUUUACCGAUAUCGAGCCUGUACUAGCUUCUCCACUACCGAUUCUCGAAAUUUGGUCCCAAGCAACGGGCUCCGCCGCUGCCGCGACGGCUUUCGUCGUGAUUCUCUCGGUGUGCGGCUGCUUCGCUUGCACAGGAGCUCUGCAAACUGCCAGCCGCUUGACCUGGUCAUUUGCCCGAGACGACGCCAUCAUAUUCUCCUCCUUUCUGCGCAAGACGAGCCCCCGGCUCCGCGUCCCGGUAAACGCCCUGCUCGUCAACUCGGCCCUGAUCUUCGUUCUGGGCUGCGUGUUCCUCGGAUCUUCGACAGCUUUCAACGCUCUGGUGGCUACGGGCCUGAUUCUGCAGCAAGUCAGCUUUGCCUUUCCCGCCGCGUUGGCUCUUUACCACCGGCUGAGAGGUGCUGUGGCCUUUGAACAGAUUCUGCCGCGGCGUAGAUUCAAGUUACCAGGGCCUGUUGGUGUGGUUGCCAACGUCCUGACGAUUGCUUUGGGUGUCAUUGCUCUGGUAUUUUACGACUUCCCUGUCGUCAUGCCAGCCACAUCUUCGAAUAUGAACUAUGCCAGCGUUGUCAUCGGAGUAAUGGGCCUAUUUGCUGUGGGAAAUUGGUUUGGACACGCAAACCGGAACUACAGAGGACCGCGAAUAGACUGA